UGUUUGAGGACAUCGUCACACCUUCUGGCAGUCUUUAGCACUCCAUGUGUCAUAUUUUACGUCUUGUGCGGAAGUGGACCAGGACCCCCGUUUAGGACCAGGGCCACCCUAAGGACAGAUGUUCUUGAGGACAGGGCCUGAAAGCAGCACAGGCCAGGGGGCGUGGCCUGGGGAGGUCACACAGUAUAAAGAAGGGUUGAAGUCGUGUGCUCGACCUCACACCUUUCAGCUCCUCCACUUUGGUAUCCUCUUCAUCAUCGACGCCAUCACCCUACUCGGACCCUCCAGCUCCACAAUGGCGGUGCCGUGGCUCCAGGCCGUGUCUCUUUUGGUCCUGUCGCUGGCGUGGGGGCCGGACUUCCAGGCCGCUGCCUCCCCGCAGCACCUGUGUGGGUCCCACCUGGUGGACGCGCUGUACCUGGUGUGUGGAGACAGAGGCUUCUUCUACAACCCCAAGAGGGAAGUGGACCCCCUGAUGGGCUUCCUCCCUCCAAAAGUGGGCACAGCUGACAACGAGGCAGUGGAGCUGGCCCUCAAGGACCAGAUGGAGGUGAUGGUGAAGCGGGGCAUCGUGGAGCAGUGCUGCCACAAACCGUGUAACAUCUUCGACCUGCAGAACUACUGCAACUGAAAAGCAGCCUGGCCUGGCCUAGACGGCUCCUUGCAUGGCUGAGUGAAGACAUCAAAUUAUUUUUCCUAAAAAAU